AAACGUGUCCGAUAGAGUGUUUCCGGCCACGUCUCUGUAGCAGAAGACGCGAACCUCCUGUCAAAAUUCGCCCAUAUUUAGGGAGUGCGGCCCGUGUUGACCCCCGUGGCGGCUGCAGCGGACGCCAGAGAGGCACAACUAUGUUCAGCUGAUGGUUUCCGAGUGACGAAGACAAGGAAAAGUAACAAACGAUGGAGAGAGGGAACUGGUGGCUGGCGACGGCGGUCCUCGUCCUGCUGGGGACCUGCCCGAGGUUCUCCUCUGCGGUCGAGCUGACCUUCGAGCUGCCCGACAACGCCAAGGAGUGCUUCUACGAGGACAUCGAGAAGGGCACCGAGUCGUCCCUGGAAUUCCAGGUUGUAACCGGGGGGCAUUAUGAUGUCGAUGUGAUACUGGAGGGGCCAUCCAGACAGAUUUUAUAUCGUGAAAUAAAGCAGCAAUAUGGCCAAUUCCAAUUUACUCCAGAGCAUACUGGAACUUACCAGGUAUGCUUCAGUAAUGAAUUUUCAACCUUUAGCCACAAGCUCAUCUAUGUAGAUUUCCAAGUUGGAGAUGAGCCCCAGCUACCGGGGGUAGGGGAUCAUUAUACAGCGAUGACUCAGAUGGAGUCAUCAUCUCAAAAGAUCCACGAAAACUUGAAUUCCAUCUUAGACUACCAGACCCAUCAUCGGCUGCGGGAAGCACAGGGCCGCAAGAGAGCAGAGGAUCUCAACGAGCGUGUCCUCUUCUGGGCAAUGGGAGAAACUCUAGGAAUCUUGGUCAUUGCUGUCGGGCAGGUCAUGAUUCUCAAGAAUUUCUUUGCUGAUAAGAAGAGCAAUCAAGCCUCGUAUUGAGUAGGUUUUAAUUGUAUUUAUGCAGUCUGUGGUGUCAGGGACAGCAUUUUCUAGCUGCGAACUAUAUCGUGUGAGAAUGUUGAAGUGUUGGUACUACGUUACACCAGCGCUCCAUGGAUCCAAGCUGGUUUUGUAGGCAACCCAGGCCUCUUAGUGGCCUUGAUCUCUUAUUGACAAGGUUGUUCCAUCGAGCCCAUCAUAUUUGAUCAAGAAAGACUAUAUUUGUGGCUGCACAUUAACGAAGUCGGUUCUUUACACCAUUGUAAUUUAUAUUUGUUAUUGUAUCUGCUUUGCUAUUUAUCAUCCAGUAUUUAAUUUCAUCUGAAGGCAGCAAGUGUUCUUACGUUUUUGACGACUUUUACCUCUUGGAAAAACCCAUUGAGAUUCCUCAACUAAUUUUAAGUGGGACAGAGAAACCAGCUAAAGUGUGGUAUUGGUUCAAAAUCUUUCUACAGUCUUUGUGUUGAUGACAGGAUUAUGUAAUUAGAAUACAAUGAUGUAACAUCGCUUUUCAUGAGUUGCUGAAUGCCUGAAUGUUAUCUCGGGGUCAGUUGUAUCAACUAUUCUGGAAAAGUAAAUUUUUCUUUUCCUGUUUGCUCAUAAGUAAUCAAUGGGUUUAUUGUAUGGAGCUUACUUCGUUUUAUUGCAUUUCUAAAAAACCAUUUCCACAUUCUUUAGAUUGAGCUUCGGUCAUUUUUGGCUGUGCAGAGAUCUGUAUAUACAGAGUUAGUUGUUUCGAGUGAGUUGUGAGCGAGACCUUUACAUUCAUGUUGUGUAUAUCUAAACCAGUUGUGUGUGAAUGUUAAAAGUAGCUAGGUAUGAGUGCGUUCAACUUUGUAACUGAUUUAAUGUUUUAAUUAUUUUUUGAGAUUCUAAAGCUUUUGAGAAAGGGAAUUUUUCUAUUAAAUUGAGAGAGUGGAUACUUAGUUGCAAGUGCUGUAAUGAUUAUUUUUUAUAAAAAGAGUACAGUAUUUAAGAGUUUCUUACAGACCACAAAUACAGGUGUUUAAUUCAUCAAUUCUCUCUGGUAGAAUGUGGUAACGACUGAAUCAUAAUGUUUGGCUUUGUGUGACGAUGAAUUAUUGUUUUUUUGUAUGUCAAGACUUAAUAAAUAUUAGUCAGAAUGUUGUAAAGGCAUCUUGAGUUUUACCCCUAGGGUAUGUUGGUGGGAGAGUAGGUAGUGUAAUAAGUUUCAAAUUUUGGGGAAAUUUAAGUAUAUUGCAUUGAAGGUUAUAAAUUUUACUGUAAAUUUUUUUUGCUAUGUUUUGUUAUUCCUUCACACUAUUGAAAAUAAUUUGUAGUUUACAAGUAUUUUUUAUCAUUCUGAUAUUCUAAAUGUGUUGGUAACCAAGUUCUUUAUAGUUUGACAGUGUUUUUUUGUAGAAAAUAUUGUACCAAAAAUAAUUUGUCAUGUAAUUUUCUUCCUCAUAAAAUGCAGUCUUGUUACCAUAUAUAGUUAGAGGGUUCCUGAAUUGCUGGCUAAGACCCACAGUUCUCUAUGCACCAGACAUACGAUCACGUAAAGUAGGAAACUUUCAAGGUGCGUGACUGCAGUGUGCCAAGACGCAUUUCUGAACGGCAGGAUCACAAAUGAAUUUGGGAAAGGUGGUGAUGUUCAGAGUGUAGAGAGAGGACCGAGGUUUUCUGUAAAGGCCUGCCCACACGAUCAGGCCUGAUCAGCGGACCUCCCCUUUAACGAGCAAAUCGUCAAAUUGCCCGAUGGGUCUUGUAGUAAAAUCAUCAUUGUGGUGCCCGAUGGCUUGAGCUUCGACCCUGGCAGAUGUACGUUAACCGUAUACAUUUCUUUUACCGAGCCAUUCUUUGCACUAUAGUAUUCUCUUCUUUUUCAUCACACACAAAGCAAUUAUCAUGCUACACAGUAUCUUCUUUUUUGCGGUAGGCACCAUGUUUAUCGUACCGCACUGAACACACUACUGGCAUCGUCGGGCACGCCCCUCUCUCCAUCACCUUACCCGUGUGGACAACAUUCACGGGUAAGCCCGUCAGAAUUUGCCUAACCCCGGAGCACGCCGAUCAGGCCCGCUCGUGUGGACAGGCCUUAAGGUGGUGGUGGUUUGGGCAGAUAAAAGCAUUUAAGUCAGAAUAGAGGAUAUGGAAGUAGCAUGGUUGAGUCACUGAUGCCCAGAAAAUCCUAGCUGAAGAAGACAAUGAGGUACCAAAGAUAUUUCAAUCGAGUACAGCAGUGAAGAGGAAAAUACAAUAAGUUAUGAUUUCCAAAUACCUAUUGUAUCACCCGUUUGCCUCAUGAAGCAGGUUUUUCAUUCGGAUGAAGGUCGGGAAUAAGUAUCUUGGGCUGAAGUAUACAUUAUCCAGCAAACACCAUGUGGCCUGAAUUUUUUUUUUUUUUUUUAAGGAUAUGAAAGUUGAAUUGUAUCAAGAUUUUCUUUUUUAUUCUGGCAGUGUACAUGGGCAUUGUAACUAAUUCCUCUAUAAAUAAUUUCAUAAACCUUUAAAAAUACAAUGUUUUAGACUAGAAUAUAGUAUGUAGAGUACAAGAAAACCAGUGACUUAUAAUAUGUACAGCAAUUAAAUCUCAUGAAUACUUUCCAAUGUAAUGAAGCUACAGACUUGUGUGGUAGCUGUUUAAUUUUAGAGCUUCCCAAAAUAUGCAUUAAACAAUAUGGGGACUACAUAAAUGUACUGUACCUCACUAUACAUUUACUUAUACAUAAAGUGCAAUAUAAUUCAUAGUUACAAUUUUGUCUAAUACUGUGUACUGCAGUUGACCACACAAUACUGGCAUCUUACUCUUAACAUGAUACAGAACUAAUUUUUUUCCUAAUGCCACACAAUCCAGGGAACUCAAAUUAGUACAGAAUUACUUAAUUUCCAGAAGGAACCAGAAUUUCUUGUAAUGUAAAGCAUUAAGGCUUAAACAAGGCAUAAUCUCAACACCUGAAAAAAGUUGUCAAUACUUUUACAGCUUGCUUGUCAGUUGUGGCAAGGAAUACCUCAACACAUUCGUUGAUUUAAGUACAAAGUGUAAUUACGAACCUGUAAGUAUAAGUUACAAGAAAAUCCUUUUUCUAGGAUUUAUAAAAUCCAUGAAUAUUCCAAAGUACUUUAAUCUUUUAGUGAAAAAAUUUUACACCCAUGUGAUACACUGCAACUAUAUAAUCUCGCUCAAUACAAAAAGUGCCUCCAGCCUCUAAAUCAAAAAGUGAGCACUUACACAUCCAAUUCCGAUCGCAGACAACUGUGCGUUACAACGCAUUAACCAACGGCAACAAGACCAAAAAACUGGGACCAUGCACGAAGCCACAGAAUUCCUUGAGGGUGUACCUGCAUCCUAUUUUUUAGUAUCCGAACAAGACCACUUUUUAUUACAAUUUUUAUUCGUACAUAGACCAACUGGCUUACAAGAGUUCCGAAGGUCAAAUAAACACUUCUCUUUAAUUGAGCAAGUUAUGGUUUAUGUCCAAAUAACCUCAAAAAACAAAAAAAUUUUUCCUGAAGUCAUUUUUAAUAAGUUGACAGUUAAAACUGAAGCUAAAGAUGCCCUUAUGUUCUUUUGCAACCAACCUGAAAGUAACAGGGCACUUAGUUACAUUGUUUCAGAAACUUUUGAGAUGUUGGAAGACUUUAAGGAAAAAGCACUGACAACAAGACUUGAAAAAAAUACAAAAAUAGGAACAGGAACGUGACAUUA